AUGCCGUUGGAUAGAGCUCGUAAAGUUGCAUUGGAAGAGGAAUUUUGUUCAUUAUGUAAUCAACAAUAUCAUUAUCGAACAGAUUGUCAACAAUUAAUAUUAAUCACCGAACGAUGGUUCUUCUGGUGUAAUUCAGAACGUGGUCGAUAUUUAACUGAACGAGCAGGACAAGAUGCUGAUUAUGCAGCUCGUCUUGUUGAAUAUGAACGAGAACAAGCAAAAAAUAGACAACGAAAUGAAGAAUUACGCCAUCGGUACGAUACAGCUGUAGAAGAUGAAAACUAUAAAUCAAGAAAUUGUCGUCAUUGUCCAAAUUGUCAUCGAGUUGUUGAACGUAUGGAAGGAUGUGAAUCUAUGAUAUGUGGACAAGAUUAUCAUGGAGGAAAUAUUCAAUCUGGUUGUGGAGAAGAAUUUACUUGGGAUGAAGCUGAACAAUAUCAAGCAGCAACUGUGAGAAAAUCAACAGAAACCAUUAAUGAUUUACCACGUCCGGAAAGUCCACUUAUUACUCAUGAAAAUAUUACUUGCGAUGGUUGUCAUGAAAUUGUACGUGGUAUUCGAUUCGAUUGUGUACAUUGUCCUUCAUUGAUCUUUUGUGAAAAAUGUGAACAACGUUAUACAUUAGCUCAUUCAAAUGAAAAUCGAAAUGCUGGACAACAACAACAUGUUUUUAGAUUAAUAAUGACACCCUUUGAUGAAAUACAAUAA